AUGCCCUCUACCGAUGAACCUUUGAUUCAACCUGUCAGCGAAAACAAUGAAAAUGCGGAUCUGCCGAUGACUCCUACCACAAAAGGAGUUAAAAGAAAUGCAAAUUCUCCACCAGAUAAGGAACUAAUCAAUGUUAUUCUUUAUGUGGUGAAUCGCGAGAAUUCCGUCGAAGUGCUUGCGGAACCAGUAGGAACUCCAAAAACUCCAAAAACGCCGAAACUUUCAAAAGAAGAAAGAGAAAAACAGCGACUUCAAAAAUUAGAGGAAAAAGAAAAACAGAAGGCUGAGCGCGAAAAAGCUUUAGAAGAAAAACGGUUGGAAAAAGAGCGACUUUUGGAAGAAAAACGACUCGAAAAAGAGAAAAAAGAGAGAGAGCGUCUUGAAAAGAAAGCCGAAGAAGAUCGAAAGAAAGAGGAAAAACGUCGUGAAAUCGAAGAAAAGCGAAGAAAAGAAGAAGAGGAAAAAGAGGAGAAGCUGAGGAAGAAACGAGAGGAAGAAGAGAAGCGAGAAGCAAAAAGAAAAGAGGAAGAAGAAAAGAAAGAAGCCAAGAAAAGAGAGGAAGAGGCUAUGGAAGAACGGAAAAAACGAGAAUCUGCUCGUUUUCUCGGAUUUUUCAGCAAAGUUGAAAAGAAAAAAGUAACAAUUGCAGAGCCUGAGGGCACAAAAUGGUAUCGACCGUUCGAAAUUAAAGAUGGGAUGACAUUAGCUCCGAUCCUUUAUCGAGAUCCUGUCCCAUCUCAUACGGACCUUCUUCGACAGAUGGAUGAUAUUGAGGCAAACACAUAUUUGAAAUCGGAAUCGAAAAUUCCGCUUGAUGCAGCUAAAGCCUUCUACAGCCCUUCUUUUGAACUCUUAAUUUGUAGGCCUCUUCGCGCCAAACUUUUCCAAUUCCAUGACAAUCAUCGUCCACCAUACUAUGGAACUUGGCGAAAAAAGCGUUCGAACAUUUCUGGACGUAGACCAUUUGCGCAUGAGACAGGAAUCGAUUACGAGGUUGAUUCUGAUGACGAAUGGGAAGACGAACCGUCAGAUGGAGAAGAAUGUCGCUCAGAUGAUGAGGACGAAGGUGAUGAUGAGGUGAUGUCCGAUGACGGCUUCUUCGUUCCUCCUUGCUAUUUAUCUGAUGGAGAAGGCGAAGACGACGGAUCGGAUGUGGAGUGUGGAGGCGGAAAAGACGGCGCCGAUGGUCAGCAGCAGCAAAAGCAGAAACAGAAUCCGAAAAGGCGCAACAACUACAUUGACGACGAUGACAACGACGAAGAUGUAGAAGGCGCUGCAGAAGAUGCGGGACGAGAAGACGACGAUGGUGUCGCGACGACAACGACGGCAGCUGAUGAUGAUGAUGAUGAUGAUGAUGAUGAAAAUGCGGCGGCGGCAUUGACGACAAAGAAGAAGCGACGCGACGAGAACGCAGAGGAGCGCAAGGCUCGACUCGCGUCGCGUGCAAAGGAGUGGUCGCGACGCGUGUCGCGCGGCGGUCCGCCGAGUUCUCUGGUGUCGCGAUGUAUCGGACCAUGUUACGGGGCUGGCGACAGCGAUGAAGCCAAAAUGCCCACCGACAUUCUAUUCUCGAUGAGAGCUAUUAGCUCAUAUAAAAGCAUUUGGUUAAGGUCGAAUAACGGACUGGUGCUGCGAGCACAUUGCGCCCAGAGAGCUGCGAUAGCGCUCAUCACUAUCGACAACACUGGUGUCAAUAUUCACGACGGUAGCGACAACGAGGAAAACGGCGAGGCAUUAUCUUCGUCGAUAGUACAAGUAGACGUCGUCGAAAGAGGAGGCGAAUCGCCGGUAGGCGUCGGCGUUCCGCUGGCGGCUGCAUCAGCGGCGGCGGCAGCGGCAGCGGCGGCACCGACCAACACACACCACUACCAGCUACUCCACCUCCAUCGACGCGGCGCAUCCGAGCGGCGGCGGCGACGACGAAACGCCAACGAGAAGCACAAGAAGACGUUGUUGUCGCUGCCAGCUGCUGUUGAAGACGAAACGCAAAGAGGCGGACGUCGCGGCAACCACAACAACCAACACCAAACCCAUCAACGCCGGCAGCAACCGAAGCAACAAGCUCGCUGUGGCGCUAACCGCGGAAUGCGACAGCAUUCCAUGGCAAAUUCCAAGAAGAUACAAGAGCUGGUGCACGAGUGCAACGUGCAGUUGGCACUGUUCCGCUGCGCCACUCAGGGAAUCGGAACCGCCCAAGACGGCGCUUCACUCCGAAGAGAAGUUGAAACCGCGGGUCGAGCAUGUCAAAAAGCGGUCGAAGCGGCGAACAACGUCGUUUUGCCCCAGCUGAGAGCAGAUGACGUCGAGAUGUCGCGAUAUGGUCCGUCGUUUAUUGGCUGCGUUGGCGCAUAUCUCAACGAGAUGAAGCGCUGCGUGAAACUCGAGACCACAUUUCCGGCGCCGAUCGAGCCGUCCAUCACGAAACAACAAGUGGAACGAGUGGAAUCAAUUUUAGAUACAUUAGAGAAUCUGAUUACGGUUCAUUAUUCGACGAACGAGGCUCCCGCUUUAGACAAGUUACAAGUAACACCUCGACGGCGGAGGGCAACGUCAUGUCGACCCCAAUGUGUAUGCUCGAAGCUGAAAACGAGUUACGCGUGA